AGCACGAGCUGUUUCUGGCGGCCGCCCGCCCUCUGCGCCCGGGCCGCCCCCCGAGCCCCUAAGCGGGCCGAGGUGAUGGCGUCCACCCUGUGCGCUGCAGCUCCGGCGCUGGCCCGCCGCGCCAGCCUUGCGGCCGGGGCAGCGCGGCGACCGGCCGCGGCGUCGGUGAAGGUGUGGGUGCCGCGGCAUAGAAAUGCUGCCACAUCGUCUUCGACAAGCAAGGUCGUGGACAGCGCCGACGCAGCGGUCGCCGACCUUAGCGACGGCUCCACGGUGCUGGUCGGGGGAUUCGGCCUCUGCGGCAUCCCGGAGAACUUGAUCGACGCUGUCAAGCGCAAGGGCGUCAGCGGCCUCACCGCAGUGUCCAACAACGCGGGGGUCGACAACUUCGGCCUGGGCCUGCUCCUGCAGGGCAGGCAGAUCCAGCGGAUGAUCUCGUCGUACGUCGGCGAGAAUAAGCUGUUCGAGCAGCAGUACCUCGGCGGGGAGCUGGAGGUCGAGCUCACGCCGCAGGGCACGCUCGCGGAGAGGCUCCGGGCGGGCGGCGCCGGCAUCCCCGCCUUCUUCACCCCGACGGCGCACGGCACCAUCAUCCACCAGGGCGGCAACGUGAUCAAGUACGGGCCAGGCGGGGCCAAGUCGGGAGAGGUGCUCAUCGCCAGCGAGCCGCGCGAGGCCCGCGAGUUCGGCGGCAAGGGCUACAUAAUGGAGCAUGCCAUCAAGGGGGACUUUGCGCUCGUGAAGGCGUGGAAGGCCGACGAGCGCGGCAACCUCGUGUGGAGGGGCACUGCGAGGAACUUCAACCCGGACUGCGCGAAGGCGGCGAAGGUGUGCAUCGCCGAGG